AUUAAGAUUAGUAUAUCCAGUUGGGAACUGGUUAUCCUUGCCUUAUUUGGAAUGUUCGAACAUUUGAACAUUGAACAUUUAAACAUUGAACAUUUGAACAUUGAACAUUUGAACAUUGAACAUUUGAACAUUGAACAUUUGAACAUUGAACAUUUGAACAUUGAAUAUUUGAAUAUUGAACAUUUGAACAUUUGA